AUGGCAAAUACUUAUAUCGCUGCAUCCGAUGGGUACUGUUUUGCUGAACCCAUGCAGUACUACAGUAUUUUACCAGAACAAAUCAAUUAUCAACUGCACGACUCUGAUUUUCAAGAAUCACCUUAUUGCCAGUAUUCUUCUACUGAUCAGUUUCCUCCAGCUUUACAGCCCCUAUCUUUACAAAGUCAUUUCAACACUUAUAGCUUGGAUCCACAAUAUAGUGGUGGAGAGUGUGGACUUGGUUCCUGUGAAUUAAAUAAGUCCACUUACACAGUUGCCCAUAAUGCUAAAGAUGGAUAUCCUGGAAUGAAAAUAUCCAGACUAACUCAUUCUUCCAUGCGAAUUAAGGGACAGGAAGAGCUCUGUGUAGUUUGUGGUGACAAAGCAUCAGGAUAUCAUUAUAAUGCACUUACUUGUGAAGGUUGCAAAGGAUUUUUUCGACGUAGCAUCACCAAAAAUGCAGUAUAUAGUUGCAAGAAUGGUGGUCACUGUGAAAUGGAUAUGUACACGCGUAGAAAAUGUCAAGAGUGCAGACUGAAAAAGUGUAAGGCAGUAGGAAUGUUGGCAGAAUGUUUGCUCACAGAAAUCCAAUGUAAAUCAAAGAGGCUUCGAAAGAACUUUAAGCAGAGGAAUAGUUUUUACUGUAACAUCAAUGUGGAAGAGCAAGGAGUCGAUAACAAGCAUGUGUCAUCCACAACUAGAUCCGGAAAAGCAAAUCAGGAGAACAUGGAACUUACUCAAGAGGAACAUCAGCUCAUUAAUAAAAUUGUGGCUGCUCAUCAAAAAUAUAUAAUUCCUUUAGAGAAAGCAAAGAAAUUUUUGAAGGAAUAUGCAAAUCCUGAACUGAGCUUUUUGCGACUCUCAGAGACAGCAGUGCUACAUGUACAGGGGCUAAUGGAUUUUACGAAGGAACUUCCAGGAUUUGAAAGUUUGACCAUUGAGGAUCAGACUGCAUUACAGAAGGAAUCAAAAACUGAAGUGAUGUUCCUUCAUGCAGCCCAACUUUACAAUCAGAGAGAAUGCCUUUCAUCAGCCUCUGAAAGUUCCAAGAGAUUAUCAAAUCAUUUUGAUCAUAUACUGAAUUGUUAUACUGAGAGUGGCAGCACAAAUUUUAUUUAUUCUAUGGAAACAUUUUACAAUGAAGACAGUCCUUCUACUCUAAAUGGUAUUACUGAAGAAUUUACUACUGCACUGUUUUACUUCUACAGAAGAAUGAAAGAACUUCAUAUUACCAAUACUGAAUAUGCUCUGCUUGCAGCAACAACUGUGUUUUUUUCAGAUCGCCCGUGCCUUAAAAAUAAGGAACAUGUGGAAAAUUUACAAGAACCAGUUUUACAAAUUUUGUAUAAAUAUUCAAAAAUGUACCAUCCAGAAGAUCUACAGCAUUUUGCUCGUCUCAUAGGGAGGCUCACUGAACUGAGAACACUGAGUCACAACCACUCAGAAAUACUUAGCACUUGGAAAACAAAGGACCCCAAAUUGACCAGUUUAGUCACUGAGAAUUGGAAUUUGUACUCAUAUUGUUGAAAUUUUAGAAUGUUGUGGUUUCUUUUAAACUUUCUAAAUUGAUUGUUUAUCUACUCUACCAUCAUAGGAUGGCUGCUUUGAAAAACAUGAACAUGACUGCUAAGUUACCAA